AUGUUGCCAAAGACACAGGACGAAAACAAGAUCGAAAAAAUGGGUGUCGAGGAGGAAAUUGACCUGGGGCUCGUGGAGUCCAAGGGCAUUGGGCAGAUCCCCCAUGAGACGAAACGAGGUCUAUCCUCUCGCCAUAUUCAGAUGAUUGCAAUUGGUGGCACAAUUGGAACGGGUCUCUUCGUCACCUCGGGACAUUCACUUCAUACGGGCGGUCCUCUAUUCUUUCUGCUAGCGUACACGCUGCUUGCCACUUGUGUUUUCAUGAUCUUGACGGCCAUUGUUGAAUUCUCAUCCUAUCUCCCCGUGCCCGGAUCGUCAGUGGCAAACUACGGAAAUCGCUUUGUUUCGCGGAGCAUGGGCUUUGCAUUAGGGUGGUUUUAUUAUUACACCUUCGUGUUAGCGGUUCCAACUGAAGUGACAGCCUCGGUUGUUGUCAUCAGCUACUGGCAUCCAUCUGUCAACAAUGCUGUCUGGAUUACGAUUUUGAUUCUCGUGAUCGUGACUCUGAACCUUUUCCCAGUCAAUGUAUAUGGUGAGACUGAGUUCUGGUUUGCAUCUAUCAAAGUCAUCGGCAUUGUUGGAUUGCUGCUUAUGGCAUUGGUUAUUACAUAUGGUGGUGGCCCUAACCAUACCUCAAUCGGGUUUCGCUACUGGCAUGAUCCUGGGCCGAUGAAUGAUUACCUAGUCGGGGGAUCGACUGGGCGUUUUCUUGCAUUCCUUGGAGCCCUACGCGUCUCGAUUUACGUCUUCGUGUUCGCCCCCGAGCUGCUCGCCCUUACUGCGGGGGAAAUGCAAAACCCUCGACGUAACCUACCGACAGCAGGAAGACGAUACUUCAUUCGGCUAGUGACAUUUUAUGUGCUUGGCGCUCUGAUGAUUGGCUUGAUUGUCCCUAGCAAUGACAACCGACUUAUGGGAGGGUCUAAAAAUGCGACCUCUUCGCCUUGGGUUAUUGGUGCGAAGAAUGCGGGCAUCAAGGGAUUGGACUCCGUUAUCAAUACCCUUAUCCUCCUGUCCGCGUGGUCAUCUGGUAACGGUUGGAUGUACCUCUCUUCCAGAAGUCUUUACUCCCUAGCUAAGUAUGGGAUGGCACCGAAAGUAUUUACGCGGUGCACAAGUGCUGGGGUACCAUACGUCUCACUCAUUUUCACCUCGCUCUUCUCGGUGUUUGCAUACAUGAGCGUCAAUUCGUCUGCAACUACUGUGUUCAAUUGGUUUGUCAACCUCGCGAACAGCAGCGGAUAUAUUAGCUGGAUAUGCACGUGCUUUAUCUAUAUCCGCUUCAGGAAAGCCACUUUUGCCCAGGAGGUCCACGAGCUCCCGUAUCGCUCGUUCUUACAGCCGUAUGGGGCAUAUGCUGCGGGAUCAAUCAUGCUUCUUCUCCUCUUGUUGAACGGAUUUGAGAUGUUUUUCCCCCGUGAAUGGGACGUAUCAACUUUCCUCACAGCCUAUGUUAGCAUUGCCAUCUUUCUGGUCUUGUACCUUGGCCAUAAGUUCAUCGCCGCGCGAGACGAGCCAUGGCUUAUUCCACCUCGCAAGGUUGAUCUUCAAAGUGGGCUGCAGGAUGUUAUCGAUGCUGAAUUCCCGCCCAUUCCUGCCAAAAACAUAGGCCACAAGAUUUUGCAAGUCCUUUUUGAGUGA